GAACACGCGUGCAAAACAAAUAUGGCUCCCAAAACUGCUCUGCAAUUUAGGUAUGCGGUAUAACGCAGGGCAGUGAUGGCGCCAAGUCCGGUUUUUAACGGCAAAUUCCUUAUUGUUUCCGUCUACGCCUAUAUUCACAAUGGAGCUAUCCGAGCUAGAGCAAGCUCCAGAAACUUGAGCAGGUCAUGGAAGCGCUUCCGGGAAAGCUGGAAACGAAUCCGUAUGACUACGAGGCAUACACGGAAUGGAUUCGGCUGCUGAGCCAGGUUGGCGAUAUCGACUCAGUGCGCGGUGCAAUGGAGCGCAUGCAUACAGUUUUGGCAAUUCCUAGUGACCUGUGGACCAUGUGGAUCGAGAAAGAGCUGAAUGAGGCUGCAGACGCUGACAACGCUGGAUUCAAAACAGCCGACAGCGUAAAGCAAAUAGUGCAUGUGUUUGAGCUUGCCACCGCAGAGUACCUAUCGCUAGAUAUGUGGCAGCGGUACAUCGACUAUGCGCGACUCCAGGCAUCGGAUUCGGAAUACCGUGCUGCAGCCGAAGCAGCAUUUGAAUCGGCAAACUUUUACUUGGAUACGCUGCAGAAGGCAUAUGCCGCUACUUGUGCACACUACAGUCAGAGCCAGGCAAUCUGGAAGCCAGCUGAAAGAAGUGCUAGAGCAAGAGGUCGCAUCGUCAGAGGACGCGGAUACACCAAAGCUGAUAAACGUCCUGCAGCAGAUGUUCAUUGAUCGCCUGUCGCAGCCUCAUGCUGGGCUUGACGGAGACGUUCGCUGCCUACUCUGGGUUUAUCACCACCCACAAAAACGACAACUACGAGGCGGAGAUGGUCCAGGUCAAACCAAAUUGUCUGUGCGACUCGGGCACAGUGCGAGAAGCGCGAGAAAUUCGAGGAGGAACUGGCUGCGACGGGCAACAGCUGGAGUGUGUUCUCUGCGUAUAUCGAUUCGAUGCAGCGUGACAAGUCAGUAAGCACGUUUGAGGUGCAGACGACUAUAUGAGCGGGCACUGUGCGACUUUUAUUAUUCAGCAAGUGCGUGGGACGAGUACA